AUGGCGGUGGUCGCUGUCUUCCCGGCUCUUGCGCGGAUGCUUGCUCUGUCAAGGCGCCACCUAGUGUCUCCUUCACUCAGCAUGACAUCAUGCAGACGCUGCUACAGAGGUGACAGCCCGACAGAUUCCCAGAAGGAUAUGAUUGAAAUCCCUUUACCUCCAUGGCAGGAGCGAACUGAUGAAUCUAUAGAAACCAAACGAGCCCGGCUGCUGUACGAGAGCAGGAAGAGGGGAAUGCUGGAAAACUGCAUCCUGCUUAGCCUCUUCGCUAAGGAACAUCUGCAGCACAUGACAGAGAAACAGCUGAACCUCUACGAUCGCCUGAUUAAUGAACCCAGUAACGACUGGGAUAUUUACUACUGGGCUACAGAAGCAAAACCAGCCCCAGAAAUAUUUGAAAACGAGGUCAUGGCCCUGCUGAGAGACUUCGCUAAGAACAAAAACAAAGAGCAGCGACUGCGGGCCCCGGAUCUUGAAUACCUCUUCGAAAACCCACAUUGA